AUGGGGAGAUUAUUUCUAUGGAUGAUAUUAGAGAUUCAGUUGACAGAAUUUUCUACAGUUGAAAAUCUGCAUUGUUUAUGUAAUCAUUUAACAGCUUUCAGUGGAGCCAUGUUUGUUGUACCCAAUAUGCUUCAUCCUAUUAGUGAUGCUUACCUAUUUUUAACUUUUUUUGACAAUCCUGUUGUGAUGAUGACCGUUAUAAUUAUAUGGAUGCAAUAUAUGUUCCUGUUGAUCUGGGCAAGAGCAGAAGAUAAAAAGGACUGGUAUAAAAGAGGCGUGACAGUAUUGGAAGAUAAUGAUACGGAAGAUAAAUAUAUAUAUCUGAUAGGUGUUACAACUGGAUGGUGGAGAGGAGCAAGUACUACAGCAGACGUAUUUAUAUAUCUACGUACGCGAUAUUCACAGAGUCCUCGACAUGCUUUAAUUGAUUCAGAUCGAACACUGUUUUCGUCUGGCAGUGAAGAUUGGUUUCUAAUGACAACACCUUCUCGUAUUGGAAGACUGAAAUCUGUUGUUAUAUGGCAUAAUAACUCUGGUGUAUCACCUUCCUGGUAUCUAAAAGAACUUAUAAUAAAAGAUGUACAGACUGGUGAAACAUGGCAUUGUCUUUACGACAAUUGGCUUAGUGUGGAACUUGGACCAAAAGAAUUAAAAGCUGAAAUACCAGCAUUAUUAGAAGCAGAGAUCUUUAAGAAAAGAACAUAUCAAUUUGCCUUAAAAUCUAGUCAGAAUUUCAGAAAUGACCAUUUGUGGAUUAGCAUAUUCUCAAAGUCAGCUACUAGUGAUUUUAGCAGAUGUCAGCGUUUGACGUGUGGGUUAUCUCUGCUGUUGACCUGUAUGUUGGCAAAUCUGAUGUUUCUAGGUGUGCACAGUGCAGAUAAUCCUCUAGCACAAUUUACGGAAGGUCCUAUUGAAUUUAAUUGGAAUGAUAUUAUAAUUGGUAUACAAUCAGCUUUGAUAAUGUUUCCGGUCAACUUAAUAAUAGUUCAGCUAUUCAUCCGCUUAUCUCCCAGGCCUAGAGAAAGACAUGUGAAGAAUGAAUAUGAGAUAGAAUCAGAUAAAUGUAAAGAUAGUAAGAAAACUGAUUUCAAAUUACCAUGGUGGUUUAUGUAUAUAGCCUGGACAAUAACCCUGUUAACAUGCUUCAUUUGUUCCUAUUUCAUUAUGCUAUACGGUUUGAAAUAUGGUUAUGCCAAAAGUGUUGCCUGGUUGGUUGGUUUUUUUACUUCUUUUGUUCAGAGUGCUAUAAUAACUCAGCCAUCUAAAGUUAUUAUAAUAGCUGCAUUAACGACACUAAUCUUAAAAAGACCGGCCAAUUAUGAACCACCAAUACCAGAUCAAGAAAUAGAUGAUAAUGAAGAAUAUCUACAUGAUAAAAUUAUAAAGAAGCAGACUAUGUGGCAGCAAACACAUACAGCUAGAGAAAGAUAUUAUGUACCACCAAUGUCUAACAACAUGAUUCAAUCUAUCAGAGAAAGACUCAAGUUAGAGGCCUUUAUGAGGGAUUCCUGGAGAGAGAUUUUCAUGUACUUUUUUUUUGUUGGAGUAGUAGUAAUGACUGUAUAUGGUCACAGAAAUGUUAAUAAUUGUUUUCUCUUUAAUGAAGUCAAUAAGAAUGUGUUUAUUAAAGCCAAUUAUGCACCUCAAUUCCCCUUUAUGAAGAUAAAAAAUGUCGCAAAUUUUUGGAAUUAUACUCAGACAACCUUGGCAAAUAAUUUAAGAGUUGGCCAGGAUAGAACAACCACAGAUAAUGUAUCUUAUGUCCUAGGAAAAGCCAGAUUAAGACAAAUAAGACAACAAAAAGGUACUUGUGAUCUUCCUUACCUACCGAUGGGUGGUCUAGAACAUAUUGAUUGUUCAGGUUCAUAUUGGAUCGGAGAUGAUCAAACUGGCUAUUUUAACAAAACCUGGAAAAAAGAACUCCCUCAACCACUGAAUAACACCUUCAUAUCGGAAUGGGACCAUCAAACAAGUUUUGAUUUAAGUACCAUUCCAUAUGCUGGUGAUUAUGCCACUUAUCCUGGUGGAGGAUAUGUGAUAGAGUUACCUGUCAAUAAAGCUGAUGUGUUGUCAAAGCUACAAGAGGUAGAGAAUACUGACUGGAUAGAUGAUAGAACUAGAGCUAUUUUUAUUGAGUUUACUGUAUACAAUCCUAAUAAUAACUUAUUUAGUGUCAUGAUUCUUUUAGUUGAGUUUACAAACUAUGGUGGAGUCUUUCCUCAUUUUCAUAUCUUUACCUCAACACUUUAUCAUUAUGAGAAAGAUUUUGAGAUUGCUGUGGCAGUGUGUGAGGCAACCUUUGUAAUCUUUAUUCUGGUAUUUACGUAUUAUGAGGUCAAAAGGUUCUCUCGAGACACCAAAGGGUAUUUUCAGGAUGUAUGGAGUUACGUAGAAGUAGCUAUCUUAACUCUGUCUUACGCUGCAAUCGGAAUAUAUGCACAGAGAAUUAUAAGUGUAAGCAGUGUUCUAGAGAAUUAUAAAGCUUCUAGGGAGGAGAAGUUUACAAGUUUUUAUACCUGUAUAUCCUGGGAUUUUAUUUUACAGUAUCUAUUAGCCUGCUUAGUCACGUUAGUCAUUAUUAAAUUCUUCAAAUUGUUAAACUUUAAUAAAAGUAUGUCCUCCUUAUCAGCCACUUUUAAAAAAGGAAGACCAUUAUUGGCAGGUUUUUUCUUAAUGAUAACUGUAGCAACUAUGUCUUUUGCUCACUUUGCUUAUCUUGUAUUUGGAUCACAAUUACAAGGCUAUUCGGAUAUGGGUAAAACUAUAAUGACUUUGUUUAAUUUUGUGUUAGGGGUGUCUGACUAUUUUGGAUUAACGGUUGUUAAUUCCAUACUCGGUCCUCUUUUCUUCUUCGUAUUUUCACUGUUUUUCCAGUAUAUCCUGGUUACAAUGUUUUUAAUCAUUGUCUACCAUUCUUUUAACGCAGUGCGAAGAGAACGAAAAGGAAAACGUGAUGAAGUUCACAUGAUAAGGUUUUUAUUAAACAGAAUCAAACUUAUGAUAGAGGAUAAUCAUUAAUGAUGUGUGUUUUAAUCUCGUUACAGUACUAAAUCAUGUAGGACACAUCAACAACAGGUGUCUCUCUAUAAUUUGGUGAUUUUGAAACCUUUACGUGUUUUUAUACGCCCACAUUUUCUUGUCGUCGCCCCUGUCCGUCCGUCCACAAUUGUUUGUGAACAGUCUACAGGUCACAAUUUUUAUCCGAUUUUAAUGAAACUUGAAAUAUAGGUUUAUCACCCUAAGAUCUCGGUUCCUUUCGAUAUUGGCAUGUAUCGGACUGUAACUUCAUGGAUUAUGGUCCCUGAUUGUACGAGUUUGAAUUUCGUGAAAAUCGGCCCAAAACUGACAGACAAAAUGGCCGCCCUUCGUUCUCAAAUAGCGUAAAAAUAUGGUAUAUCAAGGUUGUGGACCCUAUAGAGGUCAUAAUUUUUAUCCGAUUUUGUUGAAACUUGAAAUGUAAGUUUAUAACCCAAAGAUCUCAGUUCCUUUCGAUAUUUGCGCAUAUCGAAUUGUAAUUUUCUGAAUUAUGGCCCUUGAUAGUAGGAAAAAUCACUUCCUUUUUAGCUUGUUCUCUAUCCAUCUCUCGAAAAUGUGGGCGUAUCCUGUCUGACAGCCGCUGAUUUUUUUAAAUAUUGCUACAGUAGUAAAACAAGAUGUAUUUUAUACGGGGGGUUGGAUGGCCGAAUGGUUAGCAUGUGCGCGUUGUAUCAUAAGCUCUGUCAUUGAGUCAACUGGCGUGGUUUUGAUUCCCCAGUUGUACGUGAAAAGGAGUAAGAUUUCCUCCCACUGCGUAAGCAAAUUAUUGAAAUAAAAUUAAACCAUAUGUUAAUUCCGAAAUGACCUAGUUUUUGUUGAGUGGACUUUAAACCCCAUGUAUUUUAUAGCCCACAUAAAUGUGAACAUAUAUUGUAAUAACCCUUUCCGUCCCUUAGUCCGUCCACACUUUCUUGUCAGCGCAAUAAAGGCUACAGUUUUUAUCAGAUUUUUCUGAAAGUUACCAGGAAACUUGUAUUAUGACAGAUGGCAAUCUUUAAAUGAAGUUCCUAUCUUGAUUAAUCCUACAGGAAAUUCCUAUCAUGUUUACUUUAAAUAUGUGACAAUCUUGAUUAUGAAAUUUUAUUUUUAAGUAGCAAUGAAUAUCUGUCAUUAAAAUAAAUUGUAGGUGUAUAUGCUUAAAUUUAACUGGAUGUAUAUAUUGUGGUCACCUUUGUCAGGUGGAAAUUGUUCAAUACUGAAACCCACGAAUGAAGAUCCCCCUACUAAUUAUAGUGUGUAUAUAUAAUAUACAUAUAAUUACAUGUAAUAUGCAUGUGUUACUUACAAUGUGUGUAUAUAUACAGUAUAUAAUAUAUACAGUAUACAGUAUAUAAUAUACUGGCAGUUUUCUUUUUGUAAUAUUUUGUUAGUUAAACAUGCAUUAUGCAAGAGCAAAAUCUGCUUAUUACAAGUCUUUCUUUAGGCCUGAAAUGUUAUCUAAAUUAUCAAUUAGACAUUAAUUAACUUAUCCAGACCAUAAUAAACUCUCGAUGUCACGGCUAGCCUUCGAUGUUGGCUGGAUUAGAUUCCUAUAUGCCGCUAACGGCCAUUGAUAAGUAAAGUAUAAGUAAAAAUGGAUAAUCCAGACUAUGCUGUUUAUAUUAAUGAUUUUAGUAAUGAUGACCGAGACUAUGCAAAAAUUUCACCCGCUUCUUUCUCGGUUCGUAGUGGAUCAAUUUGACUGAAAUUUUCAGCAAAUUACCUUUACACUAUCUAGUUUUUAACUAUUAUAGCGAGAAAUGCCAUCUCUUUAUCUUAUCUCCCAUAAUGUAUGUUUAAUAACAGGGACUUUAUAUAAUAUCAUGUUAGUUAAUAUCAGGGACUUAUGUAAUACAUAUUUACCCUAGUGUUUAUUGAUAGGCUUUAAUUGUUUUUGAAAAU